AUGAAGGACCCCUUCUUUAUAGCGCCCAUUCCGGCCCUCAGCGAAUGGGUCCGGCCUUUCGCUGAAAGAUUCAACCUCACCGUGCUGCCUCAGCAUAUACACGAGGUUAUCUUCGCUGCCCUCAUGUACCUUUUCGUCCACCUCGUCAUAUCGCCAUGGCUUUCGAUGAAGUACGCUCCCAAGCAAUACCCCACCCACCGGGGAAAGAGGGCGAGCUGGGACGCACAUGUCGUCUCUUUGUUCCAGAGCACUCUCAUCAACAUCCUGGCGCUAUGGUGUAUGUUCGCCGAUGAGGAGCGCAAGACGAUGGACUGGCAGGCGCGCAUAUGGGGAUAUACCGGUGCUAGCGGCAUGAUUCAGUCCCUUGCAGCGGGAUACUUCGUCUGGGACUUCAUCACGACCCUCCUUUUCGUCGAUGUGUUCGGCUUCGGCGUCCUCGCUCAUGCCACAAGCGCCCUGCUUGUCUACUCGUUCGGAUAUAGACCUUUUCUGAACUACUAUGCCAACGUCUUUAUCCUCUACGAGCUUUCGACCCCGUUCCUCAACAUCCACUGGUUCUUUGACAAGAUGGGCAAGACGGGAAGCAAGGCGCAACUGUACAAUGGCAUCAUUCUCAUUGUCACCUUCUUCUCGGCCCGACUUAUCUGGGGUGUGUGGCAAUCCGCGAUCGUGUGGUAUGACAUGUACCGCGCCCUGUACAUCGCACCCAACGCCGAGUUCAUGUCGGUCACACCAGCGGACGAGAGACUGCCGGGUACCGAAGACAUCAUGAUGUAUGCGAAGGAAGCCGGCCCCCUCCCUGGGUGGCUUGUUGCCAUCUACUUGGGUAGCAACCUCACUCUCACGACCUUGAACUGCAUCUGGUUCAGCAAGAUGAUCAAGGCCAUUCGAAAGCGAUUCGAGCCACCCCAGGAAGCCCCGAAGCAGAAGGAAAAGCCCGUUGAUGGCGCGGCUACGGCCUCUCCGCUUGUGGACAAGGUCGACGAAGUCAGAAGACGCCACAAUAUUCCCGUACCAGAAAUUGGAGAUGAUCUCGGGGCGAUGCAGUAG